GCUCUUUGGAAUGCACAGGCCAAUACUUUUAGGCUUAGUGGUUGUCUUUGAAUAAACAUUAUUUGCAAAACAAUUUAGCCACACACACGCUCUUUGCGUUUCUGUGAAGUCCAAGUGCUUAUCCCCCGGAUGAGUCAUUUCUCAAAGCCAGCAGACACCGGUGGAUCGGAGGAGUCUGCCCCUUCACUUCUCACAGGAUCCCGCUGCAACACGAGACCAACAAAGAGCUCACCAUCAUCAUCUUCAUCGCCACCAGCAUGUCGGUAGUGCAGGCAGCAUCCUCUCUUCAAUUAUGCAGGAUCAUGCGGCCAGAUGACGCCAACAUUGUGGGCAACGUCCACGGCGGCACCAUCCUCAAGAUGAUCGAGGAAGCAGGAUGCAUUGUGGGCACGCGACACUGCAACACACAGGACGGGGACCGUUGUAUGGCAGCUCUGGUUCGGGUGGAGAAGACAGAGUUCCUGUUCCCUGUGUUCAUUGGCGAGGUGGCCCACGUCACUGCUGAAAUCACGUACACCUCGACGCACUCCCUGGAGGUGCAGGUCCAAGUCAUGUCUGAGAACAUCCUCACAGGCGUCAAAAAGCUGGCUAACAAGGCGGCGCUUUGGUAUGUCCCCUGCUCUCUGAAGAAUGUCGACAAGAUCAUGGAUGUGCCGCCCAUCAAGUACGCCAGUGUAGAACAAGAGGAGCUGGGCAGGAAGCGCUACGGGGCUCAGAAGAUGGAGAGACAGGAGACGAAAGCGAGGAUUGAAGAUAUGGUGCCACCUCCAUCCAACCCAGAGGAUCCGACAAAAGGACAACACACAGUUGGUUUCAGCCAGUCCAGUCUGAUCCAUCUGGUGGGCCCUUCUGACUGCACCAUACAUAACUACGUUCAUGGUGGUGUGACCAUGAAGCUGAUGGACGAGGUCGCCGGCAUUGUGGCAGCUCGGCACUGCAGCACCAACAUCGUCACGGCCUCUGUGGACGCCAUCAACUUCCAUCGCAAGAUCAUCAAAGGCUGUGUGGUGACGGUGACGGGGCGCCUCACGUUCGCCAGCAACAAGUCGAUGGAAAUUGAAGUGUUUGUCGACGCUUCCUCGCUGAUGGAGGCAGGGAAAGAGAAAUAUCGUGCUGUCUCAGCCUUCUUCACCUACAUCUCCCUGGACAAGGCCAACAAGGCCCUGCCUGUCCCGCCUCUUAAGAUUGACGGAGAGGAGGAGAAGAGACGUUUCGAGGAGGGCAAUGCACGUUACCUCCAAAGUAAAGCGAAGAGACUGGCGGAGAAGGAGCGCCAGGAGUAAAGCCGCUGCUCUCAGGAGUUACAUCUGCAAACAGAGUAUAUCAACCCCACUCAGCACACAGUAUGAAGGGAAUACAAGCCUUCUCUCUGGUUCUGUAAUUGUAGUCUCUUUUUAACCAAAGUGUCCAAAUAUGGCUGGAUGUAUUUUUAAUUAAGAGAACAUCUUUUAUUCUGGGGACAUUUGUAUUGAUGUGUCACAGUCAAUGCAGAGUGACAGUCUGACUGUAGAGUACUAUUUUAUUUUAAGACGAUUUGUAAGCAUGAAGACUUCAUGAUCGGUGUCGGUGCAAAGUGAUAGUCUGAGCGCAAGGAAAAUGAUGAAUAAGUGAGUGAAUAAUAAUGAAUAAAAUAUCCAAGCGUGA